GUUACUUUGGCGAGGAUCAGGGAGUGGGUGGGUUGAGAGUGGGAAGACCCACAACUGCUGUGUUAAACAUGAACGUUCAUCCCAUCAGGAAAGGGAUUUCGUGCCCCCCUCAGGAUCCCAACUGCAGUAGGAUCGUUGAGUCGAUGGUCGCGUGGAAUGAUUCUGGAAGUGCAUACAAGUUGGUAGAUCUGUCUCCAUUCAGACCCACGGCGGUUCCAGUGACAGAUGGUCAUCAUUACCAUCAUGCUUUCCCCACAGUGGAUGUACCAGAUCAUGCCCAUUAUACCAUAGGGGCAGUCAUUCUAGCAGUGGGAAUCACGGGUAUGGUGGGCAACUUACUGGUUGUCUAUGCCUUCUGCAGAAGCAAGAGCCUGCGAACUCCAGCGAACAUGUUCAUCAUAAACCUUGCCAUCAGCGAUUUCUUCAUGUCUGCCACCCAACCUCCAGUAUUCUUCGUUACAAGUUUGCACAAACGUUGGAUCUUUGGUGAAAAAGCCUGUGAACUGUAUGCAUUCUGUGGUGCUCUCUUUGGAAUCACCUCCAUGAUCACUUUGAUGACAAUUGCUCUAGAUAGGUAUUUUGUUAUCACAAAACCUCUGGCCUCCAUCGGAGUGAUAUCGAAGAAAAGAGCCAUGGUAAUCCUUUUAGGAGUUUGGUUGUACUCAAUGGGCUGGAGUUUACCUCCUUUCUUUGGAUGGAGUGCCUAUGUACCUGAAGGAUUGUUAACCUCCUGCACUUGGGACUACAUGACGUUCACACCAUCUGUCCGAGCCUACACGAUGCUUCUCUUCUGCUUUGUCUUCUUCAUUCCAUUAGGAGUCAUUAUCUACUGCUACAUCUUCAUCUUCCGGGCCAUCAAAUCUACCAACAAUGCUGUACAGAAAAUUGGAGGAGAGAGCAACAAAGAACACCAGAAGAUGAAAAAUGAGUGGAAAAUGGCCAAAAUUGCUCUUUUAGUGAUCCUUCUUUAUGUUUUCUCAUGGUCCCCAUAUUGCGUAGUGGCUCUCACUGCCUUUUCUGGGUACGCUAGUAUCCUUACUCCCUACAUGAAUUCUAUUCCAGCUGUGAUUGCCAAGGCCUCCGCCAUCCACAACCCAAUCAUUUAUGCCAUCACUCACCCUAAAUAUAGAAUGGCGAUUGCUAAAUACGUUCCUCUCCUUGGACUUUUGUUGCGAGUUUCUCGUAGGGACUCCAGGACAUCAGGCCAGUAUUAUUCUACUCGACGUUCUACUUUGACGAGCCAAACAUCUGACUUAAGCGGAUAUCCACGGGGCAAGGGUCGCCUCUCUUCUGCUUCAGAUAGUGAGUCGGGUUGGACUGACACUGAAGCUGAUGUCCCUAGUGUGAACUCCAGGUCUGCCAGCAGACAAGUCUCCAAUGAAAUCAACAAAGAUUCAACUGAGGCAACAGACACAAAGGCCAAGUUGAAACUAAAAAGUUAUGACUCCGGUAUCUUUGAAAAGACAUAUGCUGAUGUGGAUGAAAUGUCAAUGGUGGAAAUGAGCUCUGGAGAUCGUGAGGGAACUCCUCCCAGCGGUUUAAAAAUAAAUACAACAUUACACACCAUUUUGGAAACUACAAAGUGAAUACAGACCUCAAGGGUUAAUGCCGAUGAGAUUCACUUAUGAACUGGAUGCCACAGCGAAACAAUUACAGAGAAAAAGAAUUACAUCUUCCAUCACUUGCUCACGAUUAAAAUAAAUAUUGUGGCACUUUCA